GUCGGCGGCGGCGGGAGGAGGCGGCGGCGGCUCCGUCCCGCUCCCGCUGCCCGGGGAGCGCCGCAGGUCUUCCUUCCCAUGGAAUCAGAGACCCAGACUGUACCUGCCAAAACCUGACAGUUCCAUUUGCAAUGGAGAGCAUUACACAGCUGUUCAAUGACUUGUGUGAAGCACACCUGACAGCUUUGCCAUGGAAGGUUCACUUAGGCAGGCAGAAGAUCAGCAAGAGAAGGGCUAAGCAAAAUUUGAAAAGGGUUGCUUAUAAUGCCCUGUUCAUGAACCUUUUUCAAGAUGAGGCUCGUAAGCUGCAAUCAAACGUUUCCAGACUCCCAGUGAAAAACAAAAUUUUGAUGCUGUCUUUCAACUUGAGAGUCGCUGGCCUAGGUGCUCAAGCAGAUAGACUGGAGAAUCUUGUGGAGGAACUGGAAACAGCUGAAUGUUUACCAUUUACUGAAGUUAAUUCUGUCUUAGAUCUCUUAGUACAGCUUGCUGGAACAGGUCCCCCUCAGCUGGUACCACAAAAAAAGGACUAUUUUCUGAACAACAAAUAUGUUGGGAGGAAUGUCAAAUACCAGGGUUAUGAUUAUUAUGAUGUGAGUGUGUUUGAAGCUGACAUACAGUCUCUGAUAACAAACGAAGAAUGUCAGUUCAACGACACGAUUCAGCAGACCCUGCAGAUCAUGGAGGCUGCCCCUGGCACUGGGCUCCCUGCCAUGGGGCUGUUCUCCCAGAGCUGUCCUGCUGGGGACAAGUUUGAGAAGGAAACGCGCGUCUCGCUCUUCGGUGCUCUCGUCCACAGCCGCACCUAUGAUAUGGACAUCAAGCUGGAUUUGCCACCAGUGCCUGACAAUGCAGAUUUGUCUGGACUUGCAAUUAAAGUUCCCCAAAGUAUAGACCAGUCAGAAGAUGAGGGAUUCCAGUCAGCAUCCAAUCUGACUCCUGAUUCUCAGUCAGAGCCAAGCAUGACUCCAGACAUAGACUUGUGGGAUGCAGUGCUUACAUAUGGACCCAGCAAACGAAGAUGUUGGGAAAGAAUUGGCUACCCACCUGGUAAAAAAGAGGAACCGUAUCUUACUGAAGCUGGGAGAGAAGCUUUUGACAAAUUUUACAAACUUCGAGAAGGGGAAUUGCAGCUGUUUGCUAAUACUGUACUUCAGCUUCCUCAGCUCGUGCUGGUGAAAGAACCUGAACUGGUUAAGGAUGUCUUGAAUGUCCUCAUUGGUGUGGUAUCCACCACAUUUUCACUCAAUCAGGCUGCUCAGUCCUUUGUGAUAAAGGAGGGGGUGUAUGUGUCUGGCACAUCACCAGAGACAAUGCAUAACCUGCUCUCAGAAGUUGCAGAGUAUGGAACCUAUUACACACGGCUCAGUCGCUUUUCUCUUCAGCCAGUUUUGGAUUCCUCAUACAGCAAAGGACUUGUGUUUCAGGCAUUCACAAGUGGACUGAGAAAGUAUCUUCAAUAUUACCGAGCCUGUGUUUUGUCAACACCUCCGACUUUGAGUCUUCUAACAAUCAGCUUUCUAUUCAGGAAAUUAGGUCGUCAGCUGAGGUAUUUAGCUGAACUGUGUGGCAUAGGAACGACAGCACUGGGGAUCAGUGGUGGAGCUGGUGGAGCUUCAUUUCCUACGGGUGUUAAAUUGCUUUCAUAUCUGUACAAAGAGGCUCUCAACAAUUGUAGCAAUGAGCAUUAUCCAGUUCUUCUCUCUUUAUUGAAGACAAGCUGUGAACCAUACACAAGAUUUAUCUAUGAUUGGGUAUAUAGUGGUGUGUUCAGAGAUGUUUAUGGAGAAUUUAUGAUUCAGGUGAAUGAGGAUUAUCUUUGUUUCAGAGAUAAACAUUACUGGACUCAUGGUUAUGUUUUGAUUUCAAAAGAAGUAGAAGACUGUGUCCCUGUAUUUCUUAAGCAUAUUGCUAAUGAUGUAUACAUAUGUGGGAAAACCAUAAACUUGCUGAAAUUGUGCUGUCCUAGGCAUUAUAUAUGUUGGUCAGAUAUACCUGUUCCCCGGAUUUCAGUUAUUUUUUCCCUUGAAGAACUGAAAGAAAUAGAGAGAGAUUGUGCAGUGUACGUAGGUCGAAUGGAAAGAAUUGCCCGGUACAGUUCCAUAAGCAAGGAGGAAAAGGACUUGCGCAUGGAAAUAGCCAAACAAGAAUUAAUUGUUCAUGCUCGGGAAACUGCUAGCAAAGUACUGAAAGCCAUUAGUGACAAACAAAUAUCAGAACGAAUGGCUUUGGAUGCAAAGAAACGGGAACAGUUUCAGAAGCUGAAGGAACAGUUUGCAAAGGACCAAGAGCGUCGUCUUGCGAUAAAGCAGGAGGAGAUUGAUGAUGAUUUCAGCUAUGCCCGAGAGCUCAGAGAGAGAGAAAAAAGACUCAAAGCUUUAGAAGAAGAACUGGAAAAAAAGGCAAGGCAGGAAUUAAUUGACCAUUAUAGCAAACUUUCUGAUGAUGCAGCCCGCAGGGAACAAAGAAAAUUAUGGAAAAUCCAGCGCCACAAGUUGGAAACAGCCCGUCUUAAGUUUCUGUUAGAAGAUCAAAAACACAUUGAGGAAAUGCUUGAAAAACUUCCAGAGGGAAGCUACAGGAGAAAAUUGGAUAUUAUUCCUUAUAAACAGUGCCAGUUGGCUUUGGAUAAAACCCCUGUUGAGAAAGAGCCACCUUCACAAGAGUCUUUUGUGAAACCUCUGCCUUCUGAUGAGACAGUUGGCAGAGAAGAAUCUGAGACUGAACAGGGAUAUGCUGCUUCUGCUGACAAAGCACUGCCUGUGCCAGAGCCAGCAAAUCAUGAUGCUGAUGAGCAUUUUCAGCCUAAAGCAGCAGGAUCUGAAAGCAAUCUCCAAAAUUCAAAGAAAGCAUGCAGUUCUCUAUACAGUGCUGAGUCUUUGCCUGAAUCCAAUGUGAAUAUAGAAGAUUUCUUAUCAAAGUCACAAGAUGAACAGUCUGUUGCCGUCAGGAUGCAAGGAUCUUUGCUAGAUGAAGCGUUCCAAAAUAUUAACUCAGAUCUUUCUGAGACUUCGCAAGUGAGUGAAAGUCAGGCUGUUGUGAGAGGUGCACCAGAAGAAGACAGUGCACCAUUGCAUCAGCAGAGCGAGUAUGAUUUCAGUACAGUUCUCAGACCAUCUGCAGCUUGGCAGGGACAUGGCAGAGUUGGGGAAAACGUAUUUGAUGUGGACAGCAGAAGGCCUCGCUGGAAUAUUCAUGGACAUGCAUCUGAUGCCAACAUUAGAGUGGGAGAAUACGUACCUCAAGUGGACACUUACCAGCCACGUUCAAGUCCUCAUGGGCAUUCUUCAGAUUCCCACAUAAAAAGCAGCAGCUGUACUUCUGAAGUUGAGUCUAGACGACCUCGAUGGAAUAUUCAUGGGCAUGUUUCUGAAGCUCAUAUUAAAAUUGGGGAAUAUGCUUCAGAGAUAGAGCCCUCAAGGCCCAGGUGGAACAUCCAUGGACACGCUUCAGAAGCCAAUAUUAAGAUUGGAGAGUAUGUGUCAAAUGUAGCUCCUUCAAGGCCUCGAUGGAGCAGCCAUGGUCACGCAUCUGAUGCCAAUAUCAAGAUUGGCGAAAACGUGUCAGAGGUGGCCUCAGCCAGGCCUCGUUGGAACAUCCACGGGCACGCCUCGCAGUCACACAUCAAAAUUGGAGAGCUGGUGUCGGAUGCAGAGCCUUUGAAAUCCCGUUUGAGCCCCUUUGGGCACGCAUCCCAGUCUAGCAUCCAAAUAGGGAAGUGGGCCCCAUCUACAGAAAGUGAUCCCAUACCUCAUCGUAAAGCCAUUUCGGGUUCUUCGUCCCACUCCACAGUUCAGACACUUCUGUACAGUGAGGAGUCCUCUCCUGCUGAAGGGGGCAGGAAGGAUGCAAAACCAUCGCAAGUUAAGGAAGAGACUUUGCCUCAGUCACAGAUAUCUGACAGUGUUACAGACUCUCCUGAUGCUAAUAUUAAAGAUGAUAAAAAGGAAAAUACAAUAGAAAAGAAAGAAGAAGUAAUUGCAGAUGUUGUCAACAAGGACCCUUCUCCAGAUUCCACACAGAGCUUACAGAAAGAAGAACCUGAAAAGGCCAUUUCUCAAGAUACCGUGCCUCAAGAAACUUUAUCUUCUGAAGCUAAUGCUGCCACAACCAAGGAGAGAGAAGGGGAAGAGGAAGAUGCAUGGAAGAAAGAACAAGCUUAUUUGAAAGCCUUAUCUGAUCAGUAUUGUAUUGAAAAGUAUCAAGAUAGUUAUGAUUUGAUGUCAGAGCCACCAGUUUCUCAUCUCUUGCAUCACGUGAUACCAAGAUCAUACACAUUUCCUGUGGACCCUACAGUGCAGUCUGCAACAGAUGAAACUGCUGUACAGCUGAGUGAGCUCUUGUCUCUGCCAGUGCUGAUGAAACGUUCUAUUACUGCUCCACUUGUAUCUCAUGUUUCUCUUGUGAACAAAGCAAUAGUUGAUUACUACUUUGUGGAGCUGAAUGUAGAGAAGCAUUUUGAAGCACUGAGACACUUUUUGUUAAUGGAAGAUGGGGAGUUUGCUCAGUCACUCAGUGACCUGUUGUUUGAGAAGCUUGGAUCAGGACAAACACCUGGUGAAUUGCUGAAUCCACUGGUUCUUAAUUCUAUCCUAAAUAAAGCACUACAGUACAGUCUUCAUGGUGACACCCAGCUUGCUUCCAAUCUUUCUUUUGCCCUCAAGUAUCUCCCAGAAAUGUUCACACCCAAUGCACCAGAUGCUCUGAGCUGCUUAGAGCUCAGGUACAAGGUUGACUGGCCUCUGAACAUUGUCAUUACUGAGAGCUGCAUGAAUAAAUACAACAAGAUUUUCUCCUUUUUGCUUCAGCUGAAGCACAUGGUGUGGACUCUCAAGGAUGUUUGGUUUCACUUGAAGCGCACUGCUUUAGUGAGUCGUGCGUCAAAUUCCGUCCAGUUUCGACAGCUCCAGCUAUAUAAACAUGAGAUGCAGCAUUUUGUGAAAGUAAUUCAAGGUUACAUUGCUAAUCAGAUCCUUCAUGUUACAUGGUGUGAAUUUGGAAACAAACUGUCUUCUGUGGGCAACCUGGAAGAAAUUCACAGAACACAUGCUGAAUACCUCAACAAAGCAAUCUUCAGGGGUCUGUUGACAGAGAAGGCAGCCCCAGUGAUGAACAUCAUCCACAGCAUCUUCAGCCUCAUCCUGAAGUUCCGCAGCCAGCUCAUCUCGCAGUCGUGGAGCUUCGAUGCAGGGAAGCAAAUGGCUGUCCAUCCCAACUUUGGUCUGAUGCAGCAGUCCUACAACACCUUCAAGUAUUACUCCCAUUUCUUAUUCAAAGUGGUAACAAAGCUUGUAAAUAGAGGAUACCAACCACAUUUGGAGGACUUUCUGCUGCGAAUUAACUUUAAUAACUACUACAAGGAUAACUGAACUCUAUAGAGUAAGGAUCACUGGUAACACAGUAAAACACAAACUAUGUGUAUAUGCUUAUGAUUUAUAGAAGCUUAUGCAAAUGCCAUGCAGGAGGCAUUUUUCUUCAGUGAAAUAAUCUGCUAUCUAAAAGCCUGAAGAGUAUAACCACCAUACACAGAGCAUGAUGAUGCUUAAAAUCCACUAAACCUGCCUGUUGUUUGAUCUGCUAAGAAUUGAUAUUGUCAUUAUUGCAGAGAUAGCAGAGCUGAGUGCCUGGUCUUAACACAGGAGAGAGUGCAAAACUGUAUAUCUGUGAAUGUGUAAAUGUUGUAUUUUCUGUGGUGUGAAUUUCCCUCAAUGUAAAUACAUGUAUGUGAAAUAAAUUAACAGAUACUUUCUAAAACUGCUGAGAGAUGGGUAUGAGGUACAAAUGUUCCCACAGAUAUUAGUACCUGUUAUUUGAUGUGGCUUAUUUUCAAACUGAUAUUAAUUCUUAAUCUAAAUAUAACUAAUUUCUUUAAGACUUGUAGUCACAGUGGAAGAGAACAUGAUGUGCCAAGGUGGUCUGUUAGGAGAUACAAUAUUUGACUAUUCAAGCACUUGGUGGUUGUUGGAACACUUGUGCCAAACUUAGUUUCUUUAUCCUUAAUUGAAACUAUGCAUCUUAUUUUGUGGUGAUUAUUUAAAACACCUAAAACAGAAAUUCAGCAUCACUGAGGCAAAAUAAAGCUGUAAUUCCCAAUAUAUUCCAACUACUGCUUUCAACUAAAGCAUCAUAUUUGCAUAAUAUUCCUUUUCCCACUUCGGUUUUUUCCCUUGUAUUGUGAGAAGAGACAAUUGAACUUUCAAUGUCAUAAUAUGAGAAUGCUAUAGAGAGGCAGUCAGCAUUAAAAUACUUUGUUUUUGGGAUCCUGAAGUCAUGGUUGACUAAAAGGUGGAUAUAUUCAUGAAGAGUUUAUUGUCUGGUGGGGGGACAGUUAUUUAAAGCUACAGGCCUGACUGGCAUGUUGCCAGGACUAUGGACUAUUGAAUAAGAUUAUUUUAUGAUGUAUAGAUAGUUUUAUAAUUUUCUUUUCUGAAUGAGAAAUAAGUGUUAGAGACAGAGUAUACCAGCUGUGAA